AGCUUACACACUCAUUCCCACCAUGGGCUAUUUCGAGUUCUUACCGAUUCACAGGAGCAAUGAAUUCAUCGAUUCUAUCUCCAUUUCUACACCGCUUAAUGAGAAAGACGAACAACAAUUGGUCGAUUUGGUUGAUGUCAAGAUUGGCCAGGAGUACGAACUCGUUGUUACCACGUAUUCUGGACUGUAUAGAUACAGGGUGGGUGAUGUGCUUCGUGUUGCUGGAUACAAGAACAACGCGCCUCAAUUCAACUUUAUACGCAGGGAAAAUGUGAUCUUGAGCAUCGAUUUUGAUAAAACUAAUGAAUUUGAUCUACAAAAUGCAGUGAAUAAUGCAGCAAACAAUCUGAUGCCAUUCGAUGCACGUGUAGUCGACUACACCAGCUAUGCGGAUACUGAUACCAUUCCAGGCCAUUAUGUCCUGUUUUGGGAGCUAAGCGCCAACGCCUCUGCCACCAUUCCUCCUUCAAUCCUUCAAGAUUGUUGCCUCACCAUUGAAGAAUCUCUCGACAGUGUCUACCGCCAGGGUCGUACAUCUGACAAAUCCAUUGGGCCUCUUGAAAUCAGGAUAGUGGAAACAGGUACUUUUGACAAGCUCAUGGACUAUUGCUGUACUAGCUUAUUAGGUGCUUCCAUCAGCCAAUACAAGACGCCAAGGUGCGUUAAAUUUGCACCGCUCGUCGAACUAUUAAAUUCGAGGGUCGUGUCAAGCUACUUCAGUCCCGUGUGUCCUAAAUGGGUUCCUGGAAGUAAGCAAUGGAACAACACCAAUUGAACUAUCCGUGGAUACUUA